GCGUCAGCGCCGCUGCAGCUGCAGUACCAGCCCAGCAGGGGGCGUCGAUCCACGGAUCCGGUUUCCCGUUAGCCCGUCAUGCUGCAAUAUCCAAGCCUUGACAUUGCGAAGAUGGAGGCUGUUAUGGUGUAGACCAGGAAACAUAGAAAGCACAAACUGCGAGUUUCAGAGCUCUGUUAUGACAACAUUUCCAGCUGGUCCAGGUGGAGGCAGGAGGCGUGAGUAGUCGAGCGGUGCAGCCAACAUCAGCAGCAUGUACUCCGAGUGGCGCUCGCUGCAGCUGGUGGUGCAGAGUGACCAGGGCCACCUCAGCGUUCUGCACACCUAUCCCACCACCGUGGGCACGGAGGUGGCAAAUGCCGUGGUCAAGCCUCUGGGCACGGCCGUGAGCCCCGUCGCCACGGAGAACAUCCUCAAGACGGACAAGGAGGUAAAGUGGACCAUGGAGGUUCUGUGUUAUGGCCUCACCCUCCCCCUUGAAGGGGACACUGUCAAGCUGUGUGUGGAUGUGUACACAGACUGGAUGAUGGCUCUGGUGUCGCCCAGGGACUCGAUGCCUCAGCCCGUGGUCAAGGAGCCCAAUAUGUACGUCCAAACCAUCCUCAAACAUCUCUACAACGUCUUUGUACCAAGGCCUGAACAGCACAGUCUGAACCACAUCAGGCUGUGCCAGCAAGUUCUGACUGCAGUCCAGAAAUUGGCACGCGAGUCUGUUUCCAUGGUGAGGGAAACCUGGGAGGUGCUGCUGCUCUUCUUGCUUCGCAUCAACGACACAUUACUUGCCCCGCCCACAGUUGGAGUCGGGGUGGCAGAGAAACUGGCAGAGAAACUGAUGGCAGUGCUGUUUGAGGUGUGGUUACUGGCAUGUGCCCGCUGCUUUCCCACACCACCAUAUUGGAAGACAGCGAGGGAGAUGCUGGCCAAUUGGAGACACCACCCUCCUGUUGUAGAGCAGUGGAGCAGAGUGGCCUGUGCCCUGACCUCCAGACUUUUGCGCUUCACCCACGGACCUAACUUCCCACCGUUCAAAGUUCCUGAUGAAGAUGCCAACCUGAUUCCUUUAGAGAUGGACAACGACUGUGUGGCACAGACGUGGUACCGCUUUCUCCACAUGCUGAGCAACCCAGUGGAUCUGAGCAACCCUGCGAUAGUGAGCACCACUCCAAAGUUUCAGGAGCAGUUCCUUAACUCCAGCGGUAUCCCUCAUGAGGUGGUGCUGCAUCCGUGUUUGAAACAGCUACCCCAGAUCUUUUUCAGGGCCAUGAGGGGCGUCAGCUGCCUAGUGGAUGCUUUCUUGGGUAUAUCACGUCCCAGAGCCGACAGUGCCCCGCCCACCCCAGUCAACAGAAUGAGCAUGUCCCCGCCCCCGUCCAUCACCAACACCACGCCCCCGCACAGCCGCAAACAACGGCAUACAGUGGUCACCAAAACCACGAGCAAGAGUUCAACUAGCAGCAGCAGUCAACCAACCAAAGCAUCCCAGCAGCAACAGCAGCAGCAGCAAACUUCGUCCUCCCCGACCCUCCUCUCCAGCCCCAACCAGAGCAGCUGGGAGUCCCGGCCACUGCCGGCCCCGGCACGGCCAAAGGUCAACAGCAUCCUCAACCUGUUCGGCCAGUGGCUUUUCGACGCCGCUCUGGUCCACUGUAAGCUCCACAGCGGCCUCAGCCGAGACCCCAGCAUGACUGCGAUAGCCACUCAAGUAGGUCUGGAGCUGAGAAGAAAGGGUUCCCAAAUGUCCACAGACUCCAUGGUGUCCAACCCCCUGUUUGAUGCCAAUGAGUUCCCAGAGAGCUACGAGGCAGGACGAGCUGAAGCCUGCGGGACUCUCUGCCGCAUUUUCUGUAGCAAGAAAACCGGAGAAGAGAUUCUGCCUGUUUACCUGUCCAGAUUCUACAUGGUCCUGAUUCAGGGUCUCCAGAUCUCCGAUUUCAUCUGUAGACCAGUUCUGGCUUCUAUCAUUCUCAACUCUUCCUCUCUCUUCUGUACCGACCUGAAGGGCAUCAACGUGGUGGUGCCGUACUUCAUAGCUGCCCUGGAGACUAUUGUACCAGACAGGGAGCUGUCCAAAUUCAAGAUGUAUGUAAAUCCUACCGACCUGAGGAGAGCAUCCAUCAACAUCCUGCUUGCCAUGCUGCCCUUGCCGCAUCACUUUGGCAACAUCAAAUCUGAGGUUCUGUUGGAGGGAAAGUUCAAUGAAGAGGAUGGGUGGCCUCACGACCAGCCCGUGUCUUUCCUGUCCCUGAGGCUUCGUCUCGUCAAUGUCCUCAUAGGAGCACUGCAGACUGAGACUGACCCCACCAACACACAGCUCAUCCUGGGUGCAAUGCUAAAUAUUGUUCAAGACUCAGCGCUGUUGGAGUCCAUCGGUGCACAGACAGAAACGGGAAGUAUAGACGGGAGCAACGUGACUGUGAGAAGUCAGAGUCACAGCCGCACCAACAGUGGCAUUAGUUUCACUAGCGGGGGCAGCAUGGAGGCCACCAGCCCAGACUCCGAGCGCCCUGCCCAGGCCCUACUCCGAGACUAUGCUCUUCCAGAUACGGCGGCCGGCCUGCUGGUGCGCCGCAUCCACCUGGUCACUCAGAGACUCAACUCCCAGUGGAGGCAGGACAUGAGAUUUCACUGGCUGCCCUGGAGCGUGGCUGGGCUUGCCAAGGUAAAGGUGGGAGUAGACUCUGCAGACCGUAAACGUGCCGUCAGCUCUAUAUGUGGGUACAUUGUGUACCAGUGUAGCCGUCCAGCUCCUCUUCAGUCCCGAGACCUCCACUCCAUGAUUGUAGCUGCCUUCCAGUUUCUCUGUGUGUGGCUCACAGAACACCCUGACAUGCUGGAUGAGAAGGAUUGUUUGGUAGAGGUUUUGGAGAUUGUGGAGCUUGGAAUCUCUGGCAGCAAGUCCCGCCAGGAACAGGAAGUCCGACAUAAAGGAGAAAAGGAGCACAACCCAGCUUCAAUGAGGGUGAAGGAUGCUGCUGAGGCCACUUUGUCCUGUAUCAUGCAGGUGUUGGGUGCCUUCCCCUCCCCCAGCGGGACCUCCUCCACCUGCAGUCUGCUGAAUGAAGACACCUUGAUUCGCUACGCGAGACUGAGUGCCACAGGAGCAAGCAACUUCCGCUACUUUGUCCUUGACAACUCGGUCAUCCUCGCCAUGCUGGAGCAACCUCUCGGCAAUGAGCAGAACCCCAGUCCAUCUGUGACCGUUUUGAUUCGAGGGACGGCUGGCAGACAUGCCUGGACCAUGCAGCUCUUCCAUCAACCCAGAGGAGCUCGGGCCAAUCAGAGGGUGUUUGUUCCUGAGGGCCGUCCGACGCCGAAAAACGAUGUGGGGAUCAAGUACAACGUCAAGCAGAGACCCUUCCCUGAAGAGGUGGAUAAGAUUCCUCUUGUCAAAGCUGAUGUCAGUAUCCCGGACCUGGACGACAUUGUCAGUAAAGAGCUCGAAGUUCAGCACGACAAGCUCCGUAUUCUGAUGACAAAGCAGAUUGAGUAUGAGAACGCCUUGGAGCGGCACAGCGAGGAAAUUUGGAAGUCCAAGCGUUUCCCUGACCCACAGACAGACUGCAAACCCCCUCCACCCUCGCAGGAGUUCCAGACAGCACGCCUCUUCCUUUCCCAUUUUGGCUUUCUGUCGUUGGAGGCACUCAAGGAGCCCAACAACAGCCGUCUACCUCCUCAUCUGAUUGGCCUGGAGUCAUCCUUGCCAGGGUUUUUUGAUGACAUCAGCUACCUGGACCUGCUUCCCUGCCGACCAUUUGACACUGUCUUUAUUUUCUACGUGAGGGCUGGACAGAAAAGUAGCUCAGAGAUCCUGAGGAAUGUGGAGUCGUCGUCCAGCGUCCAGCCCCACUUUUUGGAGUUCCUGCUGUCCUUGGGCUGGCCUGUGGAUGUGGGACGUCAUCCAGGGUGGACAGGACACCUAGAUACCAGCUGGUCUCUCAACUCCUGCUCCGACAGCAACGAUAUACAACACACAGAGGAAACAGCGACUCCUGAGGACACAGGAGGUUCGGUGUUCAACGGGGAGAAGAAAGUUUUGUACUAUGCUGAUGCUCUGACAGAGAUCGCCUUCGUUGUUCCAUCCUUGACAGAAAAUUCUGAGGAGUCAUCAGUGCACAGUGACUCCACAGUGGAGGCAGACACCAACCCUGACCUCAUGCCUGGUUUACACAAACAACCCAAUCUCACACUGGAGCUGUUCCCCAACCAUUCUGAAAACCUGGAGUCUGCCAAAAAGCUGAGUCCUUUGGUAAAAACAAAGAGGUCAUCGACUGGAAAGUCUUUCCCAGCACUGGGUCCUGAGACAAAGGUGUUUGUGGUCUGGGUGGAGCGCUUUGAUGAUAUCGAGAACUUCCCGUUAUCUGAUCUCUUGGCGGAAACCAGCACAGGCUUGGAAGCUAGCAUGAGCAACAGCACUUCCUGCAGGUCGGGCUUACUUGAGAAGGACGUCCCUUUAAUCUUCAUCCACCCUCUUAAGACGGGACUCUUCAGGAUCCGGCUGCAUGGAGCUGUGGGCAAAUUUGGCAUGGUGAUUCCUCUGGUGGAUGGCAUGGUGGUCAGCCGCAGAGCGCUAGGGUUCCUCGUGCGCCAAACGGUCAUCAACGUGUGCCGACGGAAGCGUCUGGAAAGUGACUCGUACAACCCGCCUCACGUGAGGCGGAAGCAGAAAAUAACUGAGAUUGUCCAGCGUUACCGCAACAAGCAACUGGAGCCUGAGUUUUACACCUCGCUCUUCCACGAGGUGGGGGAGGGAAAGCCUCACCUCUAACCCCCACCAUCCUGUCCUAACACUGGCUCACGAGCGCACACAACACACACACAGACACACACACACACACUUAUCCUAUACUCAUACACCAUUUACAACUGUGCGUGCAUACAGACCCACCCAUACACACACACACACACACACACAUUCACAGAAUCUUUAUAUUUAUACUGUACUGUUUUGUUAUUUAUAUAAAUACAUAUAUCAACACUGUCUGCCUUUGACUCUGAGAGCAAAGUGUCAAAAACCAUGCCAAGGUGGAAAAAGCUACAUUUCUAUGUCGCAGCCGCUCAUUGAAGAUUUGAAUGGCUGAAGUUCAACAGUGACUGUCUCUCCUCAUUUAGGUUCAUGCUUCAAAAAAAGAAGAAAAAAAAAGAGUUUCUGCUUGUCAUUAACUGCAAUACAAUAGUUACACUGUUGGCCUUUCUGAAAUUGUAAAAAGUUUGUCCUUUAAAAAACCCUGUGAUACGAGUGAAAUUUCAUGAUAGUUUGGUAAUACAGAAUUGUGUCCAAAAUCCAUUUCUGUAUAUCUGUUUUUGUUUUAACCAGACAGAUUUAGGGUUGGAUUUUUGCCAAGGAGAUAAAAAUGUAAGCGUCAUCGAAAAGUUUUAUAAAAUACAUCGCUGCUGCUGCUUCAAGGCAUGUGGCUUCAAGACAACAAAGAAACGAUUGACAGCAUUAACCCAUGAACUAGUCUAACAACAAAUUGUCAUCUACAUGCAGUGACACCUGCUAAAGUCUUCCUAGUGCAAACAGACAUUCGGCCAUCGCAGCAACUGACUGAGCACUCAAAUAUUUCUGUUUAUAUAUAUUUUUUAUUUUCCAGAUGAUUUCUAGGACUCCUAUGUUUUUUUAUUGUAUGUAGAUGUCAUUUUUUUUUCACACCUAUGCUUUCUCUGUGCCAGUCUGACAGUCACCCCAUCUCACAACAGCCACUGCACUGUUUUGUUUGUGUGUGUAUGUGUGUAUGUACAUGGCCACAUGUAUGCUUGUUCAGCCAGUCCAACUAUUUACACUACAUGGAGUCAUAGUGACCCCUAAAACCCCCUUAAAUGACCUUUUUAAAGAUGAAUUAUGUCACUUUAAACGAUUAAGAAUCCCGUGAUAAUACAGUGCUAAAAAUUUCAAUUUCCUUUGUUAAGACAUAACCCUAGAACUGGUUUACUCUUAAUGCUUGGUAACGUGUUAGUUUACUGAUAAUGAGAGUAGUUACAGAGCUCCUGGAGUUUGCACUUGAUGUUUGCAGGGCUAAUAUGAAACAACCACAAAGACGUCUAAGUCUCUUCCAAUGCCAAACAGACCUACAGCACAGUUGAAGUCAAAUCUAUAGUGAUUCAAAGGCCAAAACACUCGAUGUAGCUAACAGCAUUAUGUUUUGUUUUUUUAAAAUACUAAACCCAGAAAGAGAAUAUUUAACUUCGUCAUUUAUAUUCACUUUGGAGAACAUAAAUGUGCAGUUUUGCCUUCACCCAUUUCUUUUUGGCUUCACAAUUUGUUUCACUUUUUGUUUACUCACUGUACUUUGGUUUUGAUUCAGGCCCUCUCACUGUCUGCCUGUAACAAUGUGAAUUUAUUUAUCACAGAGAUGGAACAGGGCAAACACCUCUAGUUUCUUUGUUAUAUUGGAAAAGUCUUAAUGCACUGAGCACAUUUUAUGUUUAUUUUCUAUUCCCUUUGGUUAACUUUACAUGUCUUUUUGUACUUUUGUGCAUUUUGAAAGAAAAACCCUGCUGAAGGAAGAGUUUUAUCUUGUGAAAUAUGAAUGAAGAAGAGGCGUCGUGGACUUUUUAACCUAUCAUGUCUAAUUGUGUGACUCACUUUUUAUGACGGUGCUUUAUGCACAUGCCUUUUUUUGGAAGGAAAAAGUACAUUAAAUAUGCUUCAAAGAAACUACAUACAAUCAGUCAUACAUUGUAUCCUAUGUUACUCCUCUGAUGUUUGAUCAUAUUUAAGGAUUUGCCAUGUACAGAAGCAGAGGAUGAUCUGUAAAUAUAUGAUAGUGUAAGGCAUUUACAAGUUGUUGCAUUCCUCAUCUGAGAUUGCGAGAAAAGUUAUGUAUGUAUGCAAUUAUGUGUGGGAGGAUCACAAUGGGUAUUGAAUGUAACAUGCAUCAAUUAAAACUAUUAUUGACAUUUUAAUUUC